CUAUAUACAACUACCAAAUAACUUACAUCUCUUCAUCUCCCAAUCCCAAAUUUCUUUGCAAAACCCAAAACUUCAAUCUUCCAUUUCUUACUAAUACAAUGGCAGCCUCUUCAAUGGCUCUUUCUUCCCCCUCUUUCGCCGGACAGGCGGUGAAGCUCUCUCCCGCCGCCUCAGAGACCGCCGGAAACGGCAGAGUCUCAAUGAGAAAGAGCAUCAAAAAGCCUGCAGUCUCCUCCGGCAGCCCAUGGUACGGCCCCGACCGUGUUAAGUACUUAGGCCCAUUCUCCGGCGAGGCCCCAAGCUACCUCACCGGAGAAUUCCCCGGCGACUACGGCUGGGACACCGCCGGACUUUCUGCUGACCCCGAGACCUUCGCCAAGAACCGUGAGCUCGAGGUGAUCCAUUGCCGGUGGGCCAUGCUGGGUGCCCUCGGCUGCGUCUUCCCGGAGCUCUUGGCCCGCAACGGCGUCAAGUUCGGGGAAGCCGUCUGGUUCAAGGCCGGCUCUCAAAUCUUCAGCGAGGGUGGACUUGAUUAUUUGGGCAACCCGAAUCUGGUUCAUGCACAGAGCAUCUUGGCCAUCUGGGCUAGCCAAGUGCUCCUAAUGGGAGCCGUUGAGGGCUACAGAAUUGCCGGUGGGCCCCUCGGGGAAGUCGUGGAUCCGUUGUACCCGGGCGGUAGCUUCGACCCAUUGGGGCUUGCCGAUGACCCGGAAGCAUUUGCUGAGCUAAAGGUGAAGGAGAUUAAGAAUGGUAGACUUGCCAUGUUUUCAAUGUUCGGAUUCUUUGUUCAGGCCAUCGUCACCGGAAAAGGGCCGUUGGAGAACCUCGCAGACCACCUCGCCGACCCCGUUAACAACAAUGCUUGGUCAUACGCCACCAACUUUGUCCCCGGAAAGUGAACUUCAUAAGAUGUAGCACCAAAUUUUCACUUGUAUUGUUUGAUGCUGAUCUAUGAAUUUUAAUAAAAUGGAAUGUGAAAUUUUCUUGGUCAAAGAUGUGGAUUCGUUGUGGUUAAUUAUGCUGAUCUAUAUAUACAUCUCCCUAUGAUUAAUUA